AUGGCUGCUAAGCAAGACAAGAAAUCAUUGGACAUGUUGGUAACUGAUUUUUUUGUCAAUAAUAACAUUUCCUUCAAUGUUAUUCAGACAAAUUCUUUUAUUGAGAUGCUAAGGGGUGCAUGUGCUUAUGGUACAAGUUAUGUUGUACCUAGUUAUAGCAAUCUUCGGACCAGUUUGAUUCUUGGAAAAAAAGCAGAAAUCAUGCAAUAUGUUAGCAGUAUAAAGGCGACAUGGGAUAUCACAGGUUGCACAAUUAUGUCUGAUUCUUGGACUGACAUAAAGAAGAGGUCAUGGGUUAAUGUGAUUGCUUACUCUCCUGGGGGUGCUGUGUUUUUGAAAUGUAUUGAGUGCGGUAUAAAUAGAUUAACUUCCACAUUUCUUUUCAAUGAAAUUUCUGAUGUCAUUGAAAAAGUUGGACCAAAGAAUGUUGUGCAAUUUAUUUCAGAUAAUGGUUCUAACUUUUGUUCUUGUGGUGAUAUGUUGUCUGGAAAAUGGCGUCAUAUAUAUAAAACAAAUUGUGCUGCUCAUGGGAUUAAUCUGCUUUUGAAAGAUAUUCACAAAAAAGUUAAAUGGGUGAGGGAAGUUAUAGAAGAUGGAAAACUUGUAGUGGAUUAUAUUCACAGGCACACAGGUAUUGUAGCAUUGAUGAGAAAAUUCACCAACAAUAGAGAUAUCAAGCAGCCUUGCAAGACAAGAGACAUUUUGGGAGGGGCAAAGGAAGUUGUUGCUUUCAUGGAGCCACUUAUUCGUAUUCUUCGCCUUGUUGAUUCAGAUGGUUCUACUGCAGGUUACUUAUAUGAAGCAACAGAAAGGGCAAAAGAAACAUUGAGAAAAUUUGUGGAGAAGGAUGGAGGGAAGUAUUUAGCCAUAAUGGAUUUGUUUCAAUUUAGGUUAGAGAAGAACAUUAUUCAUCAUGUUCAUCUCUUUGGUGCACUUUUGAAUCCUUCUAUUAUGUUUGGUGGUCGACUUGAUAUUGAUGGAACUAAAUUUAUGAAUGCACAAGAUUUUAUAAUGGACAUCAUGGUUCCUUUAGAAGAUCGUGAGCAAUUCAUGCAAGAAGUCAUUGAUUAUCGCAUGAAAAGUCCAUUGAUUUGGUGGCAAUUUGUUGGUAGUGCAUUUCCUGUGCUUCAAAAUAUUGCUUGUAGAAUCUUGAGUCAGUCUUGUAGUUCCUCUCCUUGUGAGCGUAAUUGGAGUGCUUGGGAUGCAGCACAAACAAAGAAAAGAAAUAGAUUAGCCCCAGAGAUGCUAGAGGAUUUGGUGUACAUCAGGAUGAACUCUAUGAUGAGGGAGAACUAUGAAAGCCAACUACAUAAAGAUUCAAGGCCUAUUGAUUUAGAUAAUCUUGGUGAAUUACCUAUAGUAGACUUUGAGCUUGAAAUGGAGAGGCUUGAGCAGACGUACGAGGAACCUGAACCAUCUGACACUGGAGCUGAUGGAGGAUCUACUUCAUGUAGUUUAAUGUCUCCUCAUUGA